AUGGUCAUUGAUGAGGUGGAUGAGGAUGAAUUUGAGUGUGACGACAACGGGGAAGAUGAGGAGGAGGAGGAAGAGAAAAGAGCUAGUAAUGAAGAUGCUACUCAAAGACGGCCAGUUCCACUGCAUCAAGGCGUUGAAAUUGAGGAGGUGCUUGAUGAAAAUGAAGAGGAGUCGAGCAAAUCUAAGAAGAAGGCGAAGUAUUUAUUCGUGAGUACACUCACGAUUGACAGGUCCCGUCACUUUUCAUCAAUGCAUUUUCGUACUAAAAAUCGUUAUUUAGCAAAGCUGUGUUCUUUUUACAGAAAACUAAAAAUUGCGUUGGAAUUUUUAAAUUACCAGACCGAUAUUUCUUAUCUGACUGAUCAUUUUUCUUUUAUUGGAAAAUUUUCAGGCAUUCUGGAAUAUCUUUAA